UGUGGUAGAAACUUUUGAGAUGUCUUUUAUUGAAGAUUAUCCAUUGGAGUCUCAAAAUGUUCAUGCAGAUUUCCCCAGAACCGUUCCUAGGGAGAUGUUGUGCUUUUAUAGUAAUCUGUUUAAGCGUGAGUUGGAGAACAAUCCCAACAAUUGCGUAUCUAUCCCAGAAGGCAUAGACUCGGACAUUUUUUUUCAUCUUGUGGAGAUGAUGUAUUCUAGCCCAGUGGUCGUCAACGUGUUUGUAGCCGAGAAAAUCAUUGAAGCUCAUCGCAUUAUCGAAUCGGAGAUACCUUUACGCAUAUUGCUUACCGACGUCGGCACAGAGCCUGUGAGCUUAAGUCAUAUAGGGUUUGCUACCAUUAACGAAGUAGAUGCUAUGAUUCUGAAACUAACAGCCUGGGUCAACGAAAUGAGUUUCAAGAGAGAAAUGAUACUCGCGCAUAUCCAGAAACUUCGUGUUGCUCGCAAUGAGGCAGAAUCUGCUGCAGUUGAGCCGGAGAAUGUCAACCACCCAUAAGGCGGAUUGAAACACAUCUUUACAACUGGCUGGCGAACAUACGGAACUCGUGAUCAGGCAGGCGUAAGAUGCAGAUAUUCAUUAAAAUUAUACUGAUUUAAUAAAACUUGACGGAAGAAAUGUUAAACCGCA